UGUGUUAUUGAUCUGUGUAGAUUAUGCGCGAUCCUGAUACUGGUAACUCGAAGGGAUUUGCCUUUGUUAACUUUGCCAGCUUUGAGGCAUCUGAUAAUGCUAUUGAGGCAAUGAACAGUCAAUACCUGUGUAAUCGGCCUAUUUCUGUGUCAUAUGCAUUCAAAAAGGAGGCAAAGGGAGAAAGACAUGGAUCAGCAGCAGAACGUUUAUUGGCUGCUCAGAAUCCACUUUCAAAGGCUUCUCUUCCUCAUCAAUUGUUUGCUGAUGCACCAGUUGCCAGCUCUGGUAGACGAGAUGCUACACCUAUAACUGUUCCAUUGCCUCCAAUGAUGCCACCUGUAAUGCCUCCAGUCAUGCGUCAAGGGCUUCCCCCUAUGCCACCGGUCCCUGCACCCCCACCACAACCUCUCCCCAGCAGUGCAGUUGCAACAGAACCUCGACCACCAAUGCAAUUUCCAGCAGGUAUUCCAUUUCCUCCAGGAAUCAGACCUCCUCCUGGUUAUUCCAUGCCAAAUAGACCUCCUCUUGGUAUGCCUGGCUUAGCACCCCAACUACAGACUGGAGUUGCAAAUUUGGCAGGACUACGGCCACCUUUGAUGCCCAUGUUUCGUCCUGAAGGGUUACAACCAUCUAUGCGACAAUCGUAGUUCUACAACUGAUGGAAGUUCUGUUCCAUCAUAUAUGCUGAAUAUCUAGUCAGACAGUGAUGCUUGACACUUAUUACAGUUUUGGUCAGCAUGAAUUUAGUUUAUGCUACUAGAAUAGUAGUAGACAUAUUGAAUCAUGUGAAAUGUAAAUAUCCAAGUUGGCAAUGCAUGUCGUUUUUCUGA